AUGCUCAGAGUACAGGUUUUUACUUUCUGCCUAGCUGUCUCCCUCGUCACUUUAGUCCAUGCAAUUCCCCUGGAGUCUAAAGAUGCUUGGAAGUCUUUGGAAAACCCAAGAAACAGAGAGCUGUUUUUCCGAACGCUGCAAGCUUAUUUUUCUGGGAGAGGAGUUGAUGUUGGGAAGAUCUCUAAAUCUUUCAGGAUGGACAACAGGAAACCAUUCAUAGCAGCCGCUCUUUAUCCGGACCACAUUGCCUCUGCCUUUUCAGACUAUGAAGGCCAGAAGGAUUCUUUUGCAGCGUUCUUGAAAGGAUGA